UGGAAUUGUAAAGGCAUGCAUCAUUCAAAAUCUGAUCCUAAAAUCUUAUUUAUUUUCUAGACCUCAAUUUAUACAAACUAAGCAGAUCUUAUGAUCUGUUGCAGUUUGCGAGAACAUGACAUGCAUCAUUCAAACUCUCAAGACCAUUGAGUUUCUCUUGCUCACUAGUCUACUAGUUCAAUCCUAGCAAAUAGCUACUUUGGUUCUUAAUUUAUCAAAGAAGAAGAAGAAAGGAAAAAGAAGGCGAGCUUGGUUUCAGUUGCUUAGUGAUCAAAGAUCCCCCUAGAUAGGGCUAAUAUGUGCACAGGGGGUCAACAGAAGCCUUCCGGCACCUAGAACAAAUCUCCCAUGCCCCACCACCAUGCCUUCUGACUUGAAAUACCUUUUGCAUGUAAAAAAUUCUGGCCUCCUAAUGGAAUAUGCCAUCCCGUAUUCCGGAAUCUGAGCUUAUCUUGCAUUCAAAUAUGUUAUUGAACGGUGUCAUCUAGCCUCAGGCGCCAACCCGAAGAACAACCCAUUGUUACUAUCGACUAACUGGGCCUUCUCGCUAACAUUAUCGAACACAACGUCCGCAAAGCAACCGUCUUCCCUCCUAUCCAAAACUUCAAUCUCACCAUUCUUCACAUAACCGUUGGCCAACUAACAACAAAGCAAUCCUCAUCAUGAAAUCCUUUUAUAUUCAAAGGGCGCAAUCAACGUUCCACACUAAGGCGGCAGUAGGAUAUUCCGCUAAGCAUAUCCAAUAUUCUCUCGCUCGCUCCAGCGUUUGUUCCUUAGAGGGAUCACCUUUCUUCCCCCUUCUUUAUGGCCGCCUAGAUCCCAAUCCUUCUCUUCUUUGAUUUAUAUAAAUAGAACUACAGCACUCAACAUUGAUCAAGUCGAUCCCUCCUAGAAUAGAGACUGGGAGAAGCCAAAAUGUCCUGUGAGAACUAUGAUCCUUGCUUCCCCGACCAGCCGGUUGUGGACCGUUACCUCCCUUUAUGGGCUAGCCAACCUAAUUUCCAGUACAAGCCUGCCUUCGUGUGGGCGGAGGACUCUCCCAGGGGCAUGCAAUGGGCCUCCAUCACCUACUCCGAGCUCAACUCCUCUGUGGAAGCCAUCGCCUCCCGGCUCCUCUACCCUCUCCAGAGAGGUGACACCCUCCUUAUCCUCUGUUCUCCUGGUCUCCAACUUGUCAAGCUCCUCUUCGCCUCUCAACGUGCCAGUCUCGUUGCUAUCCCUAUUAUUCCUCCAGAUUCUUCUUCCUUCUCCCCAGCCAAACAAGGUCCCUCCCACCACCACCUCCUAAGGGCCCUCUCCCAGGCCAACCCGAAGGCUGCCAUAGCCCAUCCAUCCUACAUCUCCGCCAUAAUCAGAUCUAUUUCACCGUCGACUUCCGACCGGCUUGCUUGCCUACUUCGCAAGCUCCGGUGGAUCUCCGUCGACGGUUUGGAGGAUGAGAACCCUAAUGCUUGCUGCCCAAAUUCGGACACUUCAGAGUAUUUGGGCUGUGGGCCGAACGACACUUACCUCGUUCAGUACACCUCUGGUGCAACUGGAAUACCGAAGCCGGUGCUCGUGACCGCCGGUGCCGCAGCUCACAAUGUGAGGGUGGCGAGGAAGGCCUACGACCUCCAUCCGAGCAGCGUCAUUGUGUCGUGGCUGCCGCAGUACCAUGACUGUGGCCUAAUGUUCCUCCUGCUAACUGUUGUCUCAGGUGCCACCUGUGUUCUCACCUCACCGGGGGCCUUCUUGCACCGGCCUCGCCUCUGGCUUGAGCUCAUCACCGAGUUCAAAGCCACUUGCACCCCAGUUCCUUCCUUCACCUUGCCUUUAGUGGCAAAAAGAGGAGGUAUCGACCAAGGGGCACUGCCUCUCAAGCUGGGGAGCAUGAGAAACCUAAUCCUGAUCAAUGAGCCUAUCUACAAAUUUUCAGUCGAUGAGUUUGUUGAUGAAUUCGCACGUGUGGGGCUCAACCCAUCGUCGAUCUCUCCGUCCUAUGGGCUGGCGGAGAACUGCACCUUUGUCUCCACCGCAUGGCAAUGCCAAGGGGAAGAACGGAGUGGCUACCCAAAUAUGCCGUCCUACAACAAGCUUUUGCCUUCAGCGAGGCUGUCAUCGCCUUCCUCCUCGUCAUCAUAUGAAGAAGAGGAGAUGGAUAUAAUCGUCGUCAAUGAAGAAACCUGCGAGCCAGUGGAGGACGGGGUGGAGGGAGAGAUAUGGGUCUCUUCACCGAGCAACGCGUCAGGGUACCUCGGGCACCCGUCCUUAACUCAUGAAGUGUUUCAUGGGAGGCUCCGAGGCAGGGCUGGCAAAUGUUAUGUCAGGACCGGCGAUCUGGGGAUCGUCAAGGGAGAUGAGAGGUAUCUUUACGUAGUUGGUCGGACUUGUGACGUGAUAAGAGUCCAUGAUGGCCGAAACUCGCUACAUGCACACUACAUUGAGACUGCUGCCUAUAACAGCAGUCCUAAGUAUGUGAGAGGAGGCUGUAUUGCAGCAUUUGGAGUGGCAUUGUCAAUGCCGAGCAAGAGAACGGUCGUGGCGGUAGUCGCAGAGUUGCAGAGGAAAGAAGGGGGAGGGAGAGUAAUUGGUACUUAUAGAAGGAUAGGCGAGGCGAUAAGAGAGGGUGUGCUGAAGGAAGAGGGGGUCCGGGUUGGGUGGGUGGUGAUGGUGGAGGGUGGGAGUGUUCCGAAGACAACUUCGGGGAAGCUAAGGAGGUGGUUGGCGAAGAACAUGCUGUUGGAGGGGAGAUUUCCAGUACUUUGUGAGGUCUGGUUCGAGGAAUACUCAUCGGCCAUUACGGAGAGAGGGGAGGAGGAUGGAGCGGGGGGUGGUGAGGUGGGAGAGGGAAUGAGAGAUGAGGCCCCGGUUCGGGCUCUAGGAACUGCGGGUCGCCGGUUCUCCUUGAUUUCGUCUUUGUGA